AUGGAGAGGCAGGCUACUGUGCCUAGCAACCACGGUCUUCUGCAUGACAAUCCCAUCACAAUCACAAACAACGACAAAUAUUACAGCUUCAGAGAUUACACUUUCAACAACAGUAUCAAAUCCACCGGUCACUACUGUUACAAUGACUUCUCCAACUACUACAAAAAAUCCAACAACUACUACUGUUCCAAGGACUACAGAUCAUUAGCCGCCGGCUGGCACGAUCAAUGUUACAAGCACAACACUUUCAACAACAACAUCGCAAAAUCCAACAACCACUACUGUUCCAACCACCACAGCGCAGCCAACGACAACAACGACUUCUCCAACUACUACACAAAGUGCAACAACAAGCAGUGUACCAGUGCAACAACAAGCACUGCUGCAAGUACUAUAACAACACUAACAACAUCACAAACUGACACAACAACAUCACAAACCACCACAGAGCCACCGGCUGGCACAGUCAAUGUUACAAACACAACACUUUCAUGGAACAACAAUGGAACAACAAGUACUGAACCAAGUACUACAACAACACUAACAACAUCACAAAACAGCACAGGGCCACAAACAAGCCCGCGGGCUUCCAUGAUCAAUGUUACAAGCACAACAACCCCUUCAACAACAACAUCGCCAAAUCCAACAACCACUACUGUUGCAACCACCACAGAGCAGCCAACGACAACAAACAUCACCAAAUCCAUCAACUACCUCAUCAACUGCUACUGCAGUUCCACCAACUACAACACCAGGAACAACACCAUUACCAGCUACUACACUGGAGCCAACUACCACAAGGAUUCUUCCAACUACAACAACACUUUCUCCAACAACAGUAACAACACCAUCACCAACUACUACUUUGCAGCCAACAACAACAACAAAUGUCCCAUCAACACUUACUACAACAACCACUCCACUUAUCGCCACCACGAGCAUAGACACAACAGUAUCACAAACUACCAUAGUUCAACCAGCAACCACAAAUACCCCUACCACAACUAUUUCAACUACAACAGCAUCUACAGAUCCUCCUUCACCAACAGAAGGCUUCCUUAUUCUUCGCUUCCGAAUUCUGAAUCGAGGAUACAGGCGGAUAUACCCCCUGACUUUCCUAAGAUGCAUUGUGAUCAGAUUCUGCUGAAUCGAGGAUACAGGCGGAUAUACCCCCUGACUUUCCUAAGAUGCAUUGUGAUCAGAUUCUGGCCUGGCUCUGUGGGUGUAGAUACUCAGCUGAUCUUCAGAAACCAGACAGUGGUUCCCAACAUAACAGACACUACAGAUUCCCUAAGACAAGCUAUAAACGAAUCCACUGUCUUCCUGAAUAUCAUCCCAUCUAGUAUUACUGCUGAGGAGCGAAAUCUGACCAGCGCAACCUCCAGUCCACAGAUGACAACCACAGCUGCACCAACAACAGUUUCUGCAACCACAGCAUCUAGCAGUGCAUCUGCAACCACAGCGUCCAGCAGUGCAAGGACCAGACCUGAGGGAGUGGUCACUUUCCUUCUUCCUCUCAUACUGAUCUACUUCAUGAUGACGGAGCAAAGACUGCUGUGGAACUAG